AUGGUGAAGGAGUUGUGUGAUAAGUACGGCGCCGACUAUCAGUUGUUGGAGAAGCAGAACGCCGAAAGGCGUUGCGCACCAGGGGCCGGCUCGACAUCAUUCGGGGGGGCCCACGCCAGCGAAGAACGCGCGCGUGCCAAAGUUCUUCAACGCGAGCUCUCAACGGCGGGUAGCCAGCGGGCAAGCGAGGGGGGAGGGGCUGCAAGGAAGUUGCCCCCGCUCGGCGCGGACAUCCAAAAGAAGCUCAGCGCGCAAAAUGAGGUUGAUCUGGCCUACAUCACAGGAGCGACGACGGAGCAGGUGGACCUCGUCCCCACCAAGGGAUUUACUCAAGAACAACUUCCUUUGGAGACCGCGGUCUGUAUCCUCGAGCAGGCGGUCGGUAACAGGCUGCGAGCCCCAUGGGGAAACCUAUCGCUGCAGGAUUUCAGCGUUGUUAAGGGAGCCGGCUUCGAAAUCAGUGGUUUUGACGCGUAUAUGGUGAAGGAGUUGUGUGAUAAGUACGGCGCCGACUAUCAGCUGUUCAUGGCGUGUGAUCGCGUCUCCGUGUACACCGACGGGUGGACAGUAGGGGAUACUGGGUGUCCAACGGAGGAGGAGUUAGACGGGCUAUCUGAGAAGCUGGCCACCCUGCUUGUGUACGGCACCGUGAAACCCAACAAUGGCACCUCACCGGAGCAUCCAAGCAGCGCCAGCAGCAGCGGCAGCAGUGACGUGUUUGACUUGUCGGGCGAUGGACAAGCCGGCGGAGGUGGGAAGCGUGCCCCGAAGAGCAGCAGGAAGACACGGAACACGACCAACCGUGCGAGCGAGGAUGGCCUUCUGCAGAUGAUGAGGGAGGCGUCGCAGAAGCAGGAUAAUGCUUUUGAGCUCCAGUUGCAGCGGGAAGAGUUCAAGAACCGUAGGCGUUCGGACGAGAAGAAGGAGGCUGCGCAAGUGCGCAAGGAGGACAGGGACUUUGCCGAGCAGCAGCGUAAGGAGGAGAGGGAGAGGGAGAGGGAACUCCGCCAAGAGCAGUGGGACCGGGAGAGGAAGGCGCGGAAGGACGAGCGGGACGACGAGAGGCGGGAGCGGCAGGACCUACAGGACUUCGAACUAAAGAAGUUGAAGAUGCAGCUGGAGCUAGCGCAGUACCAGGCACAGCUAGAGAAGCACCAGGCAGACUCUUAAGGUCCGGAGACGGUUGCUGUGGGGU